ACCCGAGUGCGGUGGCUUCGCGAACUUUCACUCACUCAACUCAACUCGGCGCGUCCAGGAAAUCAGAGAAAUCGCCGCUGCCUGGUCUCCAUGGCAACGCCCAGUGUUUGGCGGUAAUCGAGAGGCUUUCAUGCGGCAGUCCUAGUCGUCGUCCCUGCAGCCGCUGCCCCCGCCACCGCGAUGAAGGCAGAUUACCACAAAACGGCCGUAAAGCACUUCUCAAGGCACAAGGGCGAGAUCAACUGUUGUGUCUUCUCAUCUGACUGUCAGAUUCUGCUCACCUGCUCCGAUGACUGUCGUUUGUUUGUGUGGAGUGUCAUCUCUGGUGAACUCUUGACCAAAGCAUCUGGACACACAGGUCCAGUGAAAACCUGUUGUUUUUCUCCUGACGAUGCCAUCUUUGCCAGUGGCUCUCAUGACUGCACAGUGAGGGUGUGGCGAACAGCAACAGCAGAGUGUCUCCAUUUGCUCCAAGGUCAUCAGAGAGGUGUGGAGACUGUCUGUUUCAGCCCAGAUUCCAAACACAUCCUCUCUGGAGGCUGGGAUAAACGUGCUAUCCUAUGGGACACACAAAAUGGGACAGUUAUUCGAAUAUUUUCUGGACAUCAAAGUGCAAUUCAGAGCAGCUCAUUUUCAGUAAACUCACAGUAUCUGGCAACCGGAUCCUGGGACUAUACAAUUAAAGUGUGGAAUUAUGAAGCGGAAGAGAAAGAAAAAACAUUAAGUGGACACACAGGCAACGUCAGCUGUGUUUGCUUCUCAACAACAGGCUUGCUGGCAUCUGGGUCCUGGGACCGAACAGUUAGAGUCUGGAAUCCCCACAAAGGAGCCAUCAUAUUCUUAUUAGAGUGUCACACCGGGUGGGUGAGGAGCCUGGCUUUCUCAAGAGAUGGAAUGUUGCUGGCUUCAGCUGGAGAUUAUGACCCGGUAUUUUUAUGGGACAUGGAAAAUGGGAAUUGUCUGAAGACUUUACAGCAGAAAAUGGAUAUGGCACAAGGAUGCAUAUUUUCUCCUCAAGGAGCUCUUCUCACCACAGGCAUGGUGGACGAAAUCAGUAAAGCGGACGAUGCUGAGCAGCAGUAGGCCGUCGACCACUCAGACCUGUCCUCACUGAGUCAAGAGAACAUUUGCAGUUGGUGCCUUUUUGCUCACCGAUAAUUCUGCUCUAAUAGCUUGCAACUUAUCAAGUUAAUAUUCCGCUUCUUAUUUUCU